AUGGCGGACAAGGAGGAUGUACCAGACUUGAACAAUACACCUGUGGCCAAUAUCACUCCAGUUAACCAAGCAAAGACAACCACAGCUUCCAAACCAUUGGCAAAGAGACCUGCCAUGGCGUUGGAUCCUGAUGAUAGUGAUGUCAAAGUCAACCCAGCUAUAGCAGCCCCCGCCGCAAAGCGCACUUGUGAAGGCAAGAAUGAUGCGAUCAAGAGUGGCUUGGGGGGAUUGACAAAUGCAAUCGAAAAACUGGCCGAGUCAAAGGCCAAGAAGACCAACGGAGCCCAACCUGCUGAAAACUUGACGUGCUCCAAGAAAGCUAUCAAUCUCUGUUCCAAGAUGUUUUUGAAGACAAUUGCGGCUCUUGAAUUCCUCAACUUUGCAUCAAUCUUAGAAAAAAAAGAUAAAGCCCAAACGUUUCUGACUUUGGCUCGCUCAUCCUCUGGAUCCAUCUGUGAGGUGUGGCUUCAAAAAGAAGUGUCCAAGAUGCAAUCUUCCUAG